UUCUGUUUGAUACUAAUUCAAAGUGAGAGAGUAGUAUAAUAAUAGUGUACAAUAAAACAAGAGGUUAUUCUUAUGCCAAGUGGUCCACAUUAAAUUCUUAUCUUGUAUUUAAAAAUUGCCAAUAUCCCAUGUAUUUAUCCACUUCACCCAUUUUGGGAAAUUAAAAAAUACAUAUCAAUUACCAACUCACAUUAUAUGUAGCAACCAACACACAUAAAUACAACAAAAACAAUACCUUUACUUUACUUUGGUAUCAAACCAAAAACACCACCAACAACAAGAAGAUGAUGAGAAAUGGAAAUGGAGGGUUAAGGGGUAUUCAAAGACUUGGUUUCAGUUCGCCGUCGACGACAUCGAAAUCGAAUUCACCUCGCCGGAAUAUUCAUUUUCCGAUCAAUUGUUUAUCGGAUUUUAAUGAUUAUGCUGUUUUGGGACUUUCUCCUUUUGCUUCUAAAACUGAUGUUAAGUUUGCUUACAAAAGAUUGGCUUUAAAGUAUCAUCCUGAUGUGAUCAGAGGAGAUCAUGUUGCUGAAAAGCAUAAAAUGUUCGUAAACAUCAAAUCUGCAUAUGAGAUGUAUCCAUCGUCAUCCAUGGAUCAUCAUCGCCUUGAUCAUCAUCGUUCUUGAGUCCUUGUAUUCAGAGCUCCGCUUGAUCCCAAUCUUUCUUGCAAACACAUAUUUGAAUAGUAUGUAGAGCAAGACGAGAUCUCUUUCCGCCUAGAACUCUUCUACCUGCACUAAAAGCAGACUCCGAUGCAAUCGUAGAAGUAGGAUCUGCAAGGAUAUCCUUUGCAAUUCUCGAUAAUAUGGGAAAUUUUAUGGAUUUUUCUUUCCACCAUUCUAAAAUAUUAUAGCUACUUUGGUCAAUUUCAAAGUGAUGUUUAAGAUAAUUAUCUAAUUUUAAAUAUGAAGUGGAGGGUGAGGAAGAAGAUGGUCCUACAAAACUAUCAUCUUGGCUUAUUAUGUUAGAUAUUACAGAAUUAUAAUAAGUGGGACGUGCCGAGACGCUAGCACGCCUAGACGUAUCGCGACUUGGGUUAUAUACACUAGCAUAGUAAUCAUAAAGUUCUGCUAAAAGUUUUUUACAAUUUUAAACAUAAUUAUGUACAUCACUAGGCGGACGAUCUAAUGAUUGGUAGUAAAAUCCAAUUACUUUUGUAAGGGUUUCCGUCUUAAAACAUGGGUCUAAAAUUGUCGCAAUUCCAUAAAUAAAAGGAAAAACAGUAAAAUACGUCUUUCACUUGUCCAUCAUAUCUGCAAGAAUCGGCUUUAAAUAUAUGUUAGUAUCAUCAUGCGAAUGUUUAAGAAGAUGAUAAAAAAUAAUUAUACAUUGACUUAUUACUAAGUGGACGUUUGAUUCGUAAACAUAUGAAAAAAUCUUAGUUGCGUGGACAUACGCUUCUAAUAUUUUCUGUACGCCUAUAACUAGUUCACAUGUUUCAUCACUUAUAUGGCUAUCUAUACACUCAUUUCUUCUUCUGCGUAAUCGUGUAAUUCGUGGUCGUACCCUUCUGGAUAAUUUGGUUCAAAAUUAUAAUUACUAACCGAAGGUGUUGUUGAUACUGACGGAGUUGAAGUGGCCUUUCUUUUGGAGUUAGAACCUCCCAAUGAUUUUGCCACUUUAGUAACUUUUUUAGAGGCUUUUUUCAAAAAAGAAGACAUGAUAAUAUUGAAAUAAUAAUGAAAUUAAGAAAUAAAUAAAUAAUUAAAAGACUAAUUAUGUAAUUAAGAAAUAAUUAAAAAACUAAUUAUAUAAUUAAGAGAAUAAUUGCGUAAUUAAGUAAUUAAGUAGAGAAAGUAAGUAGAGAGAGUAGAAGAGAUGAGUUGUGAAUGAAAAUGAUUGAAAGUGUGGUGUAUUUAUACGAAAAAUCCCAACGGCUAGUUUUUAGCCGGUUCCAAAGAACCGCUGAGUCGAAUGAACCGCCCGGUUCCAAGGAACAGUUGGGCCGGGUGAACCGGUUCGGUCUAGUUCCCGGUACCUUAGAAGGGUGAACCGACCAGUGGUUCUUUAAUCCGGUUCAAGCGGUUUUUUCCGGCGGUUUCACGGUUCCUCGGUUUUAGCCGGUUCGAUUCCGGGUAACCUGCUUCGUGGGCGUCACUACUCGGAACUGAACCGCUGCAGAACCGAUUGAAACCGUCCCGGAACCGGAACCGUUCGCGACAGGUUCCGAAUCGGCCCGAACCACGGAAUUGUGAAACAGUCGGAAAAAACCGCUUAAACCGGGCCAAAGAACCGCGGACUGGUUCAACCGGACCAUCGGUUCCUAGGAACCGGGAACCGGACCGGACCGGUUCACCCGGCCCAACGGUUCCUUGGAACCGAAACUUGAACCAGACUGGUUCACCCGGCCAAACUGUUCCUUGGAACCGGACCCAAAACCGGGCGGUUCACCUGGCCCAACGGUUCUUUAGAAGCGGCCAAAAACUAGCCGUUGGGAUUAAAUACACCGGACUUUCAAUCAUUUUCAUUCACAACUCAUCUCUUCUCUUACUCUCUCUACUUAAUCUCUCUAUUUAAUUACGCAAUUAUUCUCUUAAUUAUAUAUUUAGUCUUUUAAUUAUUUCUUAAUUACAUAAUUAGUCUUUUAAUUAUUCAUUUAUUUCUUAAUUCCAUUAUUAUUUCAAUAUUAUCAUGUCUUUUUUUUGAAAAAAACCUCUAAAAAAGUUACUAAAGUGGCAAAA